UCGCGCGUUGGCCACACUGGCUGCUGGAGCCCUUCACAAGUUCUUUACAAAAAUGUAUUAAUUUAUGCAAAUUGGCUGAAAAAAGUGCACAAAUUGGCAAUAAUCUAAUUGCAAUCAGUUUGUUAACGCCGUAGAACAACGAAAUGAAAAACUCGGGCUAUAGACAACGUGGCUGGGUUUGCUGCUGGCUGUGGCUCUGCAUGGCGUCAGCAACAUACGCAUUAGCCGACGUCAUGACGGCAGCAGCUGGCGGAGUGGGGGCUGCUGGCACAACAACAACGCAAAAUGCGCUGCUCGCUGCUGCUGUUGCGGGCAAAGAGGAGCUGGCAGCGAACGGUAAACAGUUGCCCAUCUGCUCACGCAUGCUGCGCCAUGUUUUUGAGAAUGCGACACCACGGGACGAACAGCAGGCUGGCGUGUUCGAGGAAUAUAAGCCCGAGGUGGGACAGGUGCUGGACGAGGAGACGUACCUGUGGAGCUGCCUGGAGGCAUGCUGCGAGAAGUCCCAGAUCCAAAAUCAGACCCAACGCAACACCUGCAACGUGGUCCUAGUCUUUAAGCGCAAAUGCUAUCACAUUCAUUGCAUUAGCAACGAGGCCUGCAUGCCAAAGGCUCUGACACGGGAACGGGAAAACGAAAAGGUGCAGAUGGUAUUGGUGAAUCCGGUGGGCGAUUCGCCAGAGACUUGGACACAGCUGCUGAAGGCCACCAAGCAGAAUGCCGAAAUCUUGCCAUACGAAUCGGAGCUGAACUUUUGGAAGCAGCCGCGUCGCCUGCAGUUUCAGGACAGCAACGCCUAUGACGAAGAUGAGUUCCCUAUGGCGGAGAAGCGCGUCAAGCAAUUGCUGCUGCAGCAGCAGCCCGACGAGAACGACGACGAUCUCAGUUACUAUGGCGCCGCAGAGCUGCCCAACAAUGCCAAGUUUAUGACCUGCGACCUGGACACGCCCUGCCCGCCCCAGGAGCAGUGCGUGCCGCUGCAGGCGAACGCCGUCACCGGGCUGUGCAACUGCAAGCACGGCUUCAUGCGCAACAAGCAGCACAAGUGUGUGAUGCCCGCAGUGCCCUAUAGCGCCUAUUUGCCCAGUGAAGCGUCUUCGCGAAUGGCCCAAGAAGUGGCCGCAGCGGCCAGCGAGAUUGUGCCCGAGGUCGUGGCGCCAUCGCCCAUGAAGCAGGAAAUCAACAAGAUCACGGUCUCUGUCAUGUCCAAGGAGGUGCAACUGCCUGAGCAGGAGGUAACGCUGGCCGCCUUCACCGUGCCCGACGAGCAGACGACCGGCUCGAAAUACAAAUAUCUGUGGACCCUCAUAUCGCAGCCUAAGGGACCCAUGAACGGCACCAUUUCGGAUCAGAGCAAAUCAAAGGUGAAGCUAUCGAAUCUAUCCGAGGGUCUGUACACGUUCAAGGUGACCGUCACCGGCGAGGGAGGCGCCUUUGGCGAAGCAACUGCCAAUGUGACCGUGUUGCCGGAGCGACGCAUCAACCAGGCGCCACAGGUAAUUAUCUCGCCGCCAGAGCAAAUCAUACGCCAACCCACGUCCAAUGCUGUGCUGGAUGGCAGCACCAGCACCGACGACGACAAGAUCAUCAACUGGCACUGGGAGGUCGUCUCGGGACCCAUUGGCUAUCAGCCGCAGCUGCCGGAGGUGAACACGCUGCAGCUUGAUCUCACUUCGCCGGGCAACUACACCUUCAAGCUGACUGUGACGGACUCGAAUAAUGUCACCAACUCAACGACGGCCACCAUAGCGGUGCUGAAGGAGACGGACUAUGCGCCGGUGGCCAAUGCCGGAGAUGCGGUCAUCUUGUAUUUGCCGAACAAUAAUGUAACCCUCAAUGGCACCGCCAGUUCCGAUGAUCACGAAAUCGUUGAGUGGGAGUGGACAAAAGAUGCGAGCGACGAGGCAAAGGCCGUGGACAUGCAGUACACAAGAACGCCCUACGUGCACCUCUCCAAUCUCGAGGAGGGCAUGUACACGUUCGUCCUGAAGGUCACCGACAGCAGCAAGCAGUCGAGCACCGCCAAGGUGCACGUCUUUGUCAAGCCGCCCACCAACUCCCCGCCCACAGCCAAAGCGGGCGCCAAUGUGACGACUAGCCUGCCCGUCAAUUGGGCCAUUCUGAAUGGUUCCGAGUCGAAAGACGACAUUGGCAUCAAAAGCUAUCAAUGGAAGCAGCUCAGCGGACCCAACAACGCCGUCAUACUCAAGUCGAAUACCUCCAUUGCCAACGCGACCAGCCUAACGCUUGGGCUUUAUGAGUUCGAGCUAAGCGUAGCGGAUGAGAACAACAACACGGCUACGGACAGCACCUGGGUGAAGAUUGUGCAGGAACGCAAUGCAGCGCCCAUUGCCAAUGCUGGCGGAGAUCGGACCAUAACUCUGCCCAUCACAGCGAUCUACUUGAAUGGCUCGCAGUCAUCGGAUGAUUUGGCUGUGGUCAAGUAUGUGUGGACACGUGAGGAUACGAGCCAAGCAGCCGGCGUCAUCAUUGACAACACGGACAAGCAGCCAGUAAUGAUUCUCACCAAUGUGGUGCAAGGGCGCUACGUCUUCAAGCUGACGGUGAGCGACGAUCAGGGCUUGACCAGCACGGACACAGUCAGCAUUAAUGUCCAUGCGGAUCCUAUGCUAAUGUACCUGGUGCAAAUGACGCUACCCAUGAGCUUAUCCGUUCUGACCAAGAGCGAGCUGGACUCCACUGUGCAGAAGCUGCAACUGCUGUUGGGCGACGAUAAUAAGUUACACAUCAGGGAGCUGAAGCAGGAUCUGCACACUGAGGCGGCGGUGCUGGUCUUCUUUGUGAUGGCCAGCGAUGCGAAGGGUGGACAAUCAACGCCUGUGAAUGGGCUGCACGUGGAGCAAAUGCUGCGCGUCAAGCUGCAAAAGGAUGCCUCCAUACUGGGCGCACUCUAUGUGGACAUACGCACCACAGUCUGUCAGAACAAUUGCUCGGGCCAUGGCCGAUGCAAUCCCUCGACGAGAGCGUGCGUUUGCGAGGCCUUCUGGAUGCCCUCGGCGGGCUUCUUCUUUGGCAACGAUGAGGCCAAUUGCGAUUGGUCCAUUCUGUAUGUGUUCGUCGGCGUCAUUUCGACCUGCCUGUUGCUCUCGGGCAUCUUCUGGGGCAUUGCCUGCGCCUGUCGGCAAACCAAAAAGCCACGCAGCAUGCGCCAAAAGGUGCAAAAGUAUGCGCUAAUAGGCACGCAGGACGAAGAGGCGGCCAAUUAUUCACGCAAUACAUCGCUCACCGAAUCGGAAACGGAUUCGGAUGUGCUCUUCGAGACCCGCUCCAAGAGCAACGGCAUUGGCAAGCGCAACAAGGCCCAUCAUAGCAGCUCCCAGGGCAGCGGCUCCGGCAGUCGAGAGAGCAACAAAUAUGCGGUUACCAAACUGGGUCGCAAGAUCAAGACAUAGACACACAAUUGUAUAUGUAUGUGUUUGCGUGUAUGUGUGUUAGUUCAUAUAGAGUGUGUGUGAUAUAUACCUAUAUAUAUAUUUGUAUUUCUAUAUAGUCCUAUAUACAAGCGUCAUUAUGUACUAUUUUAUUGCUGACCUGACUUGUUUUUAUAUAUUUUCUAUGCGUAUGAUUGUAACUAUGUGUAUGUGUGUGCGUGUGUCUCGUUCCUUUCUACUUAUGUGAUAUAUGCACAACCUCUUGGUUAAUUACCUCUUA